AUGCAAUUCAUCUACGCCCUUCCUCUUGUCCUCCUCGGCCUCGGCCUCGGCCAGACCCAUGCUGCUCCCACCCCCGUCAUGCCUCACACUUCUGAGCCCUUCGCGCGCAGGAUCCUCGAGGACACCUCCGCCGCUACCACUGAGCUCGAUGACUCAAUUCGCGCCGCCCUCGAUAUCGCUGGGCAAAUCCCGGCCUUGAUCUCGGCCGACGAAAGCGGAUGGCUCACCAUCAAGGUUCCCGUUCCCGCCGCGAUCACCGCGAUUACCGAGCUCCCCAUCACGCCGCUCACCAUGGCUCCCAGCCCCGUCGCCGACGCGGAGACGCGCGCCGCAGCCCUGCAAGCCUUCACCACCGGCCCCAAGGGUAAGCUCUCCGUGAUCCCUCGCGCGCCGUACCCUUUCGAGGGCGCCGACGGCAGCAAAUUGAGAGCGGACUGGGUGAACGUCUUCCCAGACGGCAGGGAGGAAGCCGCAAUCGACACGAUUGUGCGGGAGAUGACGGAGAAGGAGGACGAGGGUGCGAAAACUGGUUACAACUUGAAGUCUAUAGAGAGGCAGAGGGCUAACAUUGAACCGUCGGUAGCAGGUAAGGCGCCCGCUCUCAUGAAGCGUGCCGACACCAACGAGGACUGGUACGCAGACUCCGGCUCGGCGCCGAUGAAGUUAGACGCGGAGUUCACCGACCUCGCGCCCCCAGGCGAUAAGUUCCAGCACGCGGCGACCGCCACCGAGUAUUACUACGGAUUCGUGGGCAAGGGGGGCCGUGCUAUGAAUCAACCUGAGAGACGGGCUGUCACUGUCACUCCCGUCCGCGAGAGUGUCACUAUCCUGGUCGGGCCUGGGGCCAUCACUGGGGGUAUGGAGGAGGUCCCUGUGGAUGAGGUCCCUGUAGAUGAGGAGCCCGUUAUGGAGCCUGCGGGAAAGAAGAUUGGGGGGAAGAUUGUGAGGGGCCGGAAGCCGCUUGCCUGA